AUGGGGAGACUCAACUGGGCUACUAACCCAGUAGAAGACAACUGCAUCAACUUUGUGGGAAUGAAAUUUAUUGACAAUACACUUUACUUUGUAGCUGAAAAUGAUGACAACCUGGAAUCAGAUUACUUUGGCAAGCUUGAACCUAGACUCUUUAUCAUACGAAAUUUGAACGACCAAGUUCUCUUCGUUAAUGAGGGCAAUCAACCAGUGUUUGAGGAUAUGCCUGAUUCUGACUGUACAGAAAACGCAUCCCAUACCAUAUUUAUCAUAAAUAUGUAUAAAGAUAGCCUCACCAGAGGUCUGGUGGUAACCAUCUCUGUGAUGUGUAAUAGAAUGUCUACUCUGUCCUGUAAGAACAAAACUAUUUCCUUUAAGGAAAUGAGACCCCCAGACAGUAUCAGCGACGAAGGGAAUGACAUCAUAUUCUUUCAGAGAAGUGUUCCAGGACAUGACGAUAAGAUACAAUUUGAGUCUUCAUUGUACCAAGGACACUUUCUAGCUUGUAAAAGAGAGAAAGAGCUUUUCAAACUCAUUUUGAAAGAAAAGGAUGGAAGUGGGGACAAAUCCAUUAUGUUCACUGUUCAAAACAAGCUAGAUAUUAAAAUCGCAGUUUGA